AUGCGGCGGGGGCUGCGGGCGCUGGCCCUGGCCGCGCUGCUGCUGCUGGGGCGGGCGGCGGCGGGGCGGGCGGCGGCCUGCGAGCCGGUGCGCAUCCCGCUGUGCCGGCCGCUGCCCUGGAACGUGACCAAGAUGCCCAACCACCUGCACCACAGCACGCAGGCCAACGCCGUGCUGGCCAUGGAGCAGUUCGAGGGGCUGCUGGGCACCAACUGCAGCCCGGACCUGCUCUUCUUCCUGUGCGCCAUGUACGCGCCCAUCUGCACCAUCGACUUCCAGCAGGAGCCCAUCAAGCCCUGCCGGGCCGUCUGCGAGCGCGCCCGGGCCGGCUGCGAGCCCGUCCUCGUCCGCUACCGCCACGCCUGGCCCGAGAGCCUGGCCUGCGACGAGCUGCCCCUCUACGACCGCGGCGUCUGCAUCUCCCCCGAGGCCAUCGUCACCGCCGAGGGCGCCGAUUUCCCGAUGGAUUCUAAUAAUGGCAACUGUAGAGGCUCCGGCAUCGAGCGCUGCAAAUGCAAGCCUAUAAAAGCCACCCAGAAGACUUAUCUACGCAACAAUUACAACUACGUCAUUCGGGCGAAAGUGAAGGAGGUGAAGACUAAAUGUCACGACGUCACUGCAGUAGUGGAAGUAAAGGAGAUUCUGAAAUCUUCCCUUGUGAACAUCCCAAAGGACACUGUAAACCUUUACACAAACUCCGGCUGCCUGUGCCCACCACUCAGUGCCAACGAAGAGUACAUCAUUAUGGGCUACGAAGAUGAGGAGCGCUCCAGGUUACUCUUGGUGGAAGGCUCCAUAGCUGAGAAAUGGAAGGAUCGACUCGGUAAAAAAGUCAAGCGCUGGGAUCAAAAGCUCCGCCACCUCGGCAAGGGGAAAGGAGAGCCAGGACAAAGUGAUGCGGCGCCCAAGCCCAGCAAGGCCAGCAACCCCCGGCAAGCUCGCAGCUAGAAGUGAAGUGCCCUACGCCGAAAUUCAGUGGACUAUCUGUCAAGACUUCACUGUUGGAGCAGCAAAGGAGAAAUUGCACUAUUGCACGUUAUAUUCUAUUGUUUACUACAAAAUAAUGUUUUAGCUUAUAUUAGUUUUUAUUCUUCCUCUUGUUUUCUGCCUUUUUGGUUUGGUUUGGUUUUGGAUGUGUGCAAGCUCUGGAAAUAUAUAUAUAUUUUUCUGUUACUAAAAAACUGCCCUUAUGAGGUGGGGAGCGGUCAGGACAUGCUGAAGUUGCCAUUUUAUCUCCCAGAUCUUCUUAGGGGGAGAACAGGUGCAAGCAGGAGAUUUGGCACAACCCAUCUUUAAAUCAUGACCCACACUGGCUUCCUUGGGCCAGUCCUUGUCACAGCCAUGGUCAUUGUUUGCAGAAGCCCCUUGCUGGGGAGGGGAAUUUGUUGAUGUAAGUGCAUAAUUUUUUAUUCUGAAACAAAAUAGCCAUAUAUGUAUUAAUUUACACACAGCUAAAGUCACAUGGCACUUCUGGAAAAAUAAUAGAAAAGAAAAUAAAAUUUGAAUAUUCUGGACUUUGUAGGAAACCUCAUAGUUGUGCCACCCCAGGACUUAAUUUAUCAUACACUUCUUCUCUUAUAAUGGCAGUUUCUUUUUUUUUUUUUUCCUCUUCUUUCUUCUCUCUGCUGAGUUGUAGGAAUAGACUGACUUACCAGGCCUGCUUCUCAGUACAGGUCUGCACUUUAUCAUUUGGAUUUUGUGGUUUUAUUCUUCAAUCUGUGCCUACAUAAGCAAGUGUUCAAUGCUCAGUAAAAUACGUCCAAUAAAAAUCUUGUAGUUCUCAACACGGACCUUAUCUGACUUUUGAACCGACAUCAUAUUUUUAUAUUGCUGUUCAAAAUAUAAAAACCAAAACCCCUUUGUUUUUGUACUUUUAUAAAAUUCUUUGCAGAUAGUAACAACGUAUUUGAAAUUAUCACUCUGUUCUUCUGUUUUUCUAUUCUCUCUUGCUCAAAAGAAAUUAAAGUGAUGUAAAUAAAAUAA